AUGCCCAAGUCUGUGAUUUCUCUUCAUCCGCCAUGGACCACAGUCUUCCAAGGAGACAGAGUGAAUCUGAUUUGCAACGGAUUUCAGUUCUAUGCUCCAGAGAACACAACAUGGUUCUAUAAGGAUGGAUGGGAAAAUACACAAACAGAACACCCAGGAAACACCCUUGUGGUCUGUAAAUCCGGAGAAUACAAAUGCCAGGUCCAGGGCUCACUUCCAAGUGACCCUGUGUCCUUGCGUUUUGUAACAGGCCCUAUCAUCCUUCAGGCCCCUCAUCUUGUGUUUGAAGGGGACACAUUGAUUCUGAGAUGCCAGAGAAGGGGGAAAGAUAAACUGAUUUCUGCAAAAUAUAAACAGAAUGGAGAAACUGUCUUUGAUUCUAAGGAUUCGAAUCAAGGCUUGGAUCUUUUCAUCCCUCAAGCAAGUUUGAGUAACAGUGGCUCCUACGAAUGCUGGGGAUAUGAAGACAAAAAUACUUUUUUCAAGUCAGAUACUAAAAUUAUUAAAAUUCAAGAACUAUUUCCAGAUCCAAAGAUGAAAGCCACAGACCCUCAUCCCACAGAGGGGAAUCCUGUAAAUCUGAGCUGUGAAACACAGCUUCCUCCAGCACGGUUGGACACUCCACUCCACUUCAUCUUCUUCCGAGAUGACAAGGCCAUCCUCUCCGACUGGAGCAACUCCUCAGAGAUCCAGAUCCCAACCAUCUGGAGAGAAAACUCAGGGAAGUACACAUGUGGUGCUGAAACAGUGACCCACAGCGUCUACAAGCACAGCCUCCCACUAGAGAUCCACGUGCAGAGGAUCCCUGUGUCUCAAGUGUCCAUAGAGAUUCUGCCCCCAGACGGCCAGGCAGUUGAAGGAGAGAAGUUGGUCCUUGUCUGCUCUGUGGCUGAAGGUACAGGAGAGACCACAUUCUCCUGGCACAGAGAGAACACGAAGCAGCAUGUGGGGCAGAAAACUCAGCGUUCCCAGAGGGCAGAGCUGGAGAUCCCUAACAUCAGGGAAAGCCAUACCGGGAGAUACUACUGUACAGCUGACAACAGCUACGGCCCCAUCCAGAGCGGGGUGGUGAACAUCACUGUGAGAGGGAUUCCAGGGAAAAAAAGUGGCCUUAUCGCUUUGGGAACCUGCGGGGGAUUUCUCAUGCUUCUCAUGGCUGUGACCCUGCUGUUCUACCACCGGUGCUGGAGGAAACCAGUGCAUCCCAAAGAGGAAGACUUGUUAUAUUCUGAGAUCCAGAUAAUUCAGCUGGGAGACAAAGAGAAAGCCAACACCUCCAGCGCACCUCCAGAGGAUAACUGUGCCUCAAUUAUCUACUCUGAGGUGAAGACAAAGCUCCCAGAUAAAUCAGCUGAAAAGGUUGGCUCCAAGGAGGAAAACGCCAUGAAAGGUGGCAAGAAUGUCCUACCCAUGUGA